AGUGAAAAAAAUGGAGCUGUGAAGAAGAGAAGAUCACAUCAGGCAGAUAUUCCUGGCAGUCUUUGUCAAGAAGCAGAAACAUGCUAUCGACUUAGACUGCCUGAAGACUUUUACCAGUUCUGGAAGUUCUGUGAGGAACUAGACUCUGAGAAACCAAGUGAUGCACUUGUGUCAAGUGUUGGACUUAAGCUGGUUGGACCAUAUGAUAUUCUUGCUGGAAAACACAAAAAAGCAAAAUCAACAAAUGUGAACUUCAAUCUUCAUUGGAGAUUCUUCUAUGAUCCCCCAGAAUUCCAGACUAUACUUGUCGGGGAUAGCAAAACACAGUAUCACAUGGGAUAUUUCAGGGAUGUACCAGAUGAGCUCCCAGUAUGGGUUGGUGCAAAUGAAGCUAAGAAGGGCUGUGUGAUUUCAGAAGUUGGUGAUAAUGUCUUUGCUGCAGUCAAAUUAUUUUUGUCAAAGAAACUUCAGGAAGUGACUGAUAAAAAGAAAAAUGCUGUUUUGAAAGGCAUAGAUGAAAAACUAACAAGGAGAGCAAAAGAACUUGGUUAUUCUCUGGAACAAAAAACCAUGAAGAUGAAACAGAGAGAUAAGAAAGUGGUGACCAAAGCAUUUCAUGGAGCAGGCCUAGUAGUUCCUGUAGACAAAAAUGAUGUUGGAUACAGAGAACUUCCUGAAACAAAUUCUAAUCUUAAGAAAAUAUGCAAGGCCAUUGUUGAUGCUCCUACUGAUGAUGAAAGAGUGAAGGCCUUUGCACCCAUUCAAGAAAUGCUGACCUUUGUUCAGUUUGCUAAUGAUGAAUGUGACUAUGGAAUGGGGUAUGAACUGGGUAUGGACCUGUUCUGCUAUGGAUCACAUUACUUCCACAAGAUGGUGGGCCAGCUGCUGCCCCUGGCGUACACCCUGCUGAAGAGAGACCUCUUUGCCGAGAUCAUCGAGUCGCACCUGAGCAGUCGGCGGGAGGAGCACCUGGACCAGCUGCUGCCCUGA